AUGGCAACCACAAUACCAACGAUCGUCAAACUCCUCCCGACAAAAGCCCUCCCACCACGAGAACGUCUCCAAGAACUAGCUAAAACAUCAGCCCGCAUAUUCUCCACCACCUACAACCCGCACAACCUACGCACGGGCAACCGCGUACUGCGUGAGCGCCUGAAGGGCCCGACGCUGCUGGACUACUACUUCCCUGGCCGACGCGUCGGCGUAGUCGACCUACGACGGUACUUCCCCAUGAUGAGCUUUGCGGACGAGGACGAGCGGCAGCGACUGCUGGACGUGCAGAGCAAGAAGUUGCGCGGCAAGGGCGCGCCGAAGAAGAAGAAGGAGGCCAACAAGAAGAAGGCCAAGAUUGUGAGGGGCAGUGUGGAGGAAUAUGUGCUUGCUAGGCUUUAGAUUAUGGGUAACCUAGACUAUGGGAGUUUGUGCGUGUGUGCGUGAUUAUGUACUGUGUGGGAGGAGGAGGAUAGGUUGUGGAUUUUAUAUAUAGAGAGAAUUAACUCGUAUAGUAUUUUUUUUUUUUUUAUCUGUCUAUUUGUCUCUCUAUCCACUUGAAUUUAGUGAAUUGAUGUUGGUGAUAUCAACGACGGUAUCGUGAACCGCCAAGACCCCCAAACCAUCCCAAACUACCAAUCCAUCAUACAAUACACCACCAAUCCGAUCAAAUCAAACCAAACCCCCCACUCCCACCACAUACCGAAACUGUACCUAAGCCUCAAAGAUGCCACAACCGGUCCAUCUAAUCUCAAAAACUCUUGACCCACUCUUCGCCCUCCUGAUCGGCACCACCGCCGCUGCCAUCCGUAUCCGCCGGGAAGAAGCCGAAGCCGGGAGGUCCGGGGGUGAAGCUUGGGGGCUGUUUACUCGGCGGGUUGGAAAGUACUUUAGCGCGUGAUGGGGCGACGAUGGUACUGAUGAUGAUGAGUGUGGUCAAUGGGCGGGUUGGCUGGUGAGUGAGGCUCAGCUGUUGUACCGUAUGGUACCGGUACUUGCACCUGCACCUUGCAUUGGGGUGGGAUGAGUCAAGGUUGGGUUGAUGUCACGGGGGAUAGUAUAAUAUAAUCACAAGUCAAGUCAAUGUGGA